CCCUUCCUCCAGCACUACAAUACUUACAAAGCAUACCAAAAUGUCAUCAAAAGUUAAAAAAUAAAAUAAAAUUAUAAGAAGUGCAAUAAAUUGAAAUUUUCUACAUACAUUGGUGUAUGAAUCAUGCUCCUCUUUCUUUGGAUGAGUGGACAGAGGUCUUUGGAAAGAAACUUGGCCACUCCUCCCCUGCCAGCGUUGUCUGCCCGUUAGUGGAGUCCACUCCUGUGUUGAAAGACCAAAGGGAGGUUUGUUACAGGGGGAUUUUUCUCUUUUUCCAAAACAAUUUUACACCAACAUGACGUCUAAUUCUAAUCUAUCCAACAUGAGACGGCUGGUGGAACAACUGAAGCUGGAGGCAAGCGUGGAGAGAAUCAAGGUAAAGAGGAAAGAGACAAUACAGGAGACAGACUAGAGAGUUUGUAGUUCACUGCUUUAGUUUCUUGUUUAACUGUGUGAUACUUAGGGAAAAUUAUUAAUUGCUUCAAUUGUUGUAAAUGUUAAUUUUUUACCUACUUACCCUGUUUCAACCUGGUUGUCUGAAUACAGUUUCACCUGCUCAUUAUAUAUUAUCCCCUCAGUUCAUUGCUUGUCUUAAAGUUAGUAAACUACUUUUUACAGCUUUAUCAAUUACUUACAAGUACCACAGAUUUUAGGUUACUAGUUCUUGAAAAGCAUCAGACUUGUUUUUGUGCUUUUCAGCCUUUAGGUUUCUCAGAAAAACCUUUUCCUCUUAGUAAAUAAAGGGUUGCAAGUUUGUUAUGCCAUACUUAACUAUCAGUUUUGUGGUCCCAAAACCUCAUCUGACAUCUGCAUUUAAAAAACUUUUACAGUCCAUGUAUUAAAGUGAAAAUUUGACUUUAAGGUCAAGUCAAAACUUAAGCCUGUUAGGUUGAUCUGAUUCACGCUAAAAGGAACAUUUUUACUAAAUGUAACAUGAGACAAGAUGAAUAGUACUUCUACUAAUGGGCUAUCAUCAUUCCUACUUAUUGUUUUAGUUACUUAGUCGUGAUCGUCAGCCUGCUGUUGCCUGGAUUGCAGGACAAUAUUUUCCUUCAUUUUACCCUUUCACGAAUAGCGCCAGGUGGCUCCUCUUGUUCUCACCUGCACUCUGUAACCAUCAUUACUUCUCUGAAAACAGCGCAAAUGAUCAGACGACUGUGAUCAGGUUGCUUUUGUCUUUGAGAGUCACACCCAUAUAUCGUCGUGCAUAUUUGUGGUUGCAGGUGUCUCAGGCGGCUGCAGAGCUGCAGCAGUACUGCCUGCAGAACGCGGGAAAAGACGCCCUGCUGGUGGGAGUCCCCACAGGCAGCAACCCCUUCAGAGAACCGCGGUCCUGUGCUGUGGUGUAAAGGUCAGGGUCUGUGCAGGUGCAGCUUUUAUUCAUAUAUAAGACCUGUUAUUGAGGCAGCAUUUUAAAAUGUGAAACCUUUUUUUUUUUUUUUUUUUUUUUUACAGGAGAGGAGAGAGAGGACACAUGGUGGAGGAGAGAAUAAGUUUUGUUUUUGACUGUUUCCUUUGGAUGUUAAUUUCAUGAGGAAAAACACAACAUGAAGUUUUAAACAUUUUAGAGUUUCAAAUAAAUGUCUUCUUUUACAUUUCUGUACCGCCUUGAGGAUGAAUUUUGUUUGUUAAACGUCAUAAUAUCUUACAUUACUUCUUUCCUGGUCAGUCUGUGAACGCUGUAAAUGUUAACAGAGUUAUUAUCUUUGAAUUGUCGAAAGCGGAUGUUUAUAGCCGGGCUCUAAAUCGUGCAUAGGAAUCUGGUAGAGUCAGAGUUUCCUGAUGUUCAGUCUAAGUUAGGAGCACGGGCAGAGAGAGGAAACGGAGUCUUCCUGUUCAAAACUACAAACACACUCAACAGAGUCACAUUUCACUCAGCGUACAGGAUUAUAAAGACUUUAGAAAUUCCUCAACAAGCUGCUUUUUUAAACAAAUAGAAAACACAUGAUGAGAGCUGGAAAUUAUGAAUCAUGUCCUAAUGUAGAGGGUGUAUUUAGUAGAGUGUUUUUGUAUAUUUACUGUAUUUAAUGUGGUUUUUUCUUUAAAACUGUGCACAAUUUUACUUAAAACAGUCUGAAUCAGCCCUAAAGAUGUCUAGCCGGUCAGGCGCUCUCCUCUUCACCACUUCCUUUUCCUCUUUGUACACUGUGAGUGGACGAGUCUUGAUAGUUUGUGACGCCUCCUUCCCUUACAGCCUUUGUUCAGCUGUAUGACACACUGAAGGCCUCAGAUGUUUGUCCUUUUUACUUGUUUUGCAUUAAACAAGGAGAAUUUUUGAGUAUUUGAA